CCCCCAUGAUGUGAUGCUGCCUCUAUAUAAGCCAAGCUUAACUCAAGCGGAACAUUCAUUGACUCCAAUACCCAUCAAACCAACACCAACCACUUUCUUUGCGUCAUUUCCAUAUAAUCUAAAGACAAGAAGCUGCUACGCAACACUGUGUAUGGAGAUUUUCGCCAUUUUCUUUUGCAUUCUCCUCUUCCUCUCGUCCCUUCUCUCCUACCCAUUCAUAAAGAAACACAAGAAACACGAACUCAUACCUAAGCCUAAGCUUCCCCCUGGCUCAAUGGGUUGGCCUUACAUAGGAGAGACCCUUCAACUCUACUCUCAGGACCCUAACAUCUUCUUUGCUUCAAAGCAAAAAAGAUAUGGAGAAAUUUUCAAGACACACAUACUAGGUUGUCCAUGCGUGAUGCUGGCGAGUCCCGAGGCUGCACGGUUUGUGUUGGUGACUCACGCUCACUUGUUCAAACCUACAUACCCCAAAAGCAAAGAGAAGCUAAUAGGCCCUUCUGCAUUGUUCUUUCACCAAGGAGACUACCACACUCGCAUCAGAAAGCUCGUGCAAACCUCUCUCUCUCCCGAAACCAUCAGAAAACUCAUCCCCGACAUCCAAAACGAGGUCGUUUCCUCCUUGGAAUCGUGGGUUUCCGCUGGACGAGUCAUCAGCGCCUUCCAAGAAAUGAAAAAGUUCUCUUUCAAUAUCGGCAUCCUCUCUGUCUUUGGUCACUUGGAAGGAAAUUAUAGAAAUCAGCUUAAGGAAAACUACUGCAUAGUAGAAAAAGGGUACAAUUCUUUCCCAAAUAGGAUUCCCGGAACUGCAUACGCCAAAGCACUCUUGGCAAGGAGAAGAAUCAGAGAGAUUAUAAGUGAGAUAAUUUGUAAAAGAAAGGAGCAGAGAUUGAUGGAGAGGGAUCUAUUAGGCCACUUGCUGAACUACAAGGAUGAAAAAGGACAAACGCUAAGUGAUGGCCAAAUCGCUGAUAAUGUGAUUGGGGUACUAUUUGCAGCUCAGGAUACUACAGCAAGUGUUCUAACCUGGAUUCUCAAGUAUCUUCAUGAUGACCAGAAACUUCUUGAAGCAAUAAAAGCAGAGCAAAUGGCAUUAUAUGAAGCUAAUGAAGGAGGGAAGAUGCCAUUGACAUGGGGUCAGACCAGAAAUAUGCCAAUUACUCAUAGGGUGAUUUUGGAAAGCCUUAGGAUGGCAAGUAUCAUAUCAUUUACUUUUAGGGAAGCUGUGGUUGAUGUGGUGUACAUAGGAUAUCUUAUACCAAAGGGUUGGAAAGUAAUGCCACUGUUCAGGAACAUCCAUCAUAAUCCAGAAUUCCACCCUGCUCCUCACAAUUUUGACCCAUCAAGGUUUGAGGCUGCUCCAAAGCCCAAUACUUUUAUGCCAUUUGGCAACGGAGUGCACUCUUGUCCAGGAAAUGAGCUUGCCAAAUUGAACAUGCUGGUUUUAAUUCAUCAUCUAGUAACCAAAUAUAGGUGGGAAGUAGUGGGAUAUCAGAAUGGAAUCCAAUAUAGCCCAUUCCCAGUCCCUCUGCAUGGUCUACCUACAAGAUUUUGGAGAAAGGAAUAGAAUCAAAUGUGUCAUAUGAUAAAAUCUUCCUUUAUUCAUAUAUAAAAUUUUUAGAUAUUCCUUGCCACCCCAAUUUAACCAGCCCAACCUCCUGUUUUAGAGGGAGGAUUCGAACAUUGGUCUCUUCUUCCGAGUAACAUCAUGUCUAUCCUAUUUGUAAAGUAAAUGGUGGCAUAGUUUAGUAUCAUUAAUUAGUCUGAGCUUGUAAGCGGUACCAAUAAUAAAUGUAAUCAACUAAUGAUAAUUUA